AAGUCAUAAAUGUGAUUGCGAAAUCAUGGAACUUCUGUAUCUGCAAAAUUAACCUUUACAUUAAAAUAAAAAUUUAAAAAAUCUGAUAAAGAAAUUUUUGAAAUCUUAAGUGAUGCAGAUAAAGUAUUGAACAUUUUAACUGAAGUUCAAAUUUAUCAAAUAUUUGAUUGUGAAUAGAAAAUUCAAAUUGAAUUAGAUAAAAUAUUUCUAGCAACUAUGAGUGGUGCCAAAUUUAUCCAUUGGUUUCGGAUGGAUUUACGUCUACAUGAUGUGCCAACAAUAACUACAGCAUUAAAGAGUUGCUCCUCAUUUUAUCCUGUGUACAUUUUUGAUGAAGAUGACAUUAAAGAACAAAAAAUAAGGUACAAUAAAGUGAGAUUUAUAAUUGAUGCCUUGAACGAUAUAAACAACAAACUUCAGCUGAAUGGAGGAAGACUGUAUGUUUUCAAAGGCAAUCCAGCUAAAAUAUUUUCCGACCUUUUCAAGAAGUGGGAUAUUUCAUACUUAUCAUAUGAAGAAGAUGUACAACCGAUUUGGAAAGAAACAGAAAAAUCUAUACAAGAAGUCUGUGAGGAAAAUAAUGUUAAGAUUAUUAAAGAAGUAUCUCAUACUUUAUGGAAUUUGGAUGAAAUUCUGAAUGCUAAUAGGGGACAACCACCUGUUACUUAUGAAGUUUUCUGUCAUGUUGUUGAUGCUGUUGGCCCUCCUCCUAAGCCAGAACCUGACUUGAAUCUUGAUGGUGUUUUAAUGCCAAGAGAUGAUUCUACCCUGCAAGAUCUACCUAAUGAACCAGAAGAUUUGGGUGUCUAUCCAGAGUGUAUUCAACAAAAAAAUAAGAUUUGGGUUGGAGGAGAAGUGCGAGCUUUGGAACACUUAAGGGAACGUCUGAAAGUUGAAGAAGCAGCUUUAGCUGAUGGAUUUUUCAUGCCAAAUCAGGCUCAGCCUGAUCUUUUAGGCCCAUCCAUGUCUUUGAGUGCUGCUUUGAGUUUGGGAUGCUUGUCAGUUAGAAAACUCUAUUGGAGCUUACAAGAUUUGCAUAGUUCAAUAAAUCCAGAUCUAUGUGUUUCUGAAAGUUUAAUUAACCAGUUGUUGUGGCGGGAAUAUUUUUAUGCAAUGUGCAAGAACAAUCCCAAUUAUGGUACCAUGCGGGAAAAUCCUAUAUGUUUGAAUAUUCCAUGGUUAACAGAUGAUCAGAAACUCAAAAGUUGGACAAAUGGACAAACUGGUUUUCCUUUUAUUGAUGCUGCUAUGCGGCAAAUGAUUCAAGAAGGAUGGGUUCAUCAUGUUGGAAGAAAUGCAGUGGCAUGUUUUCUCACUCGAGUUGAUUUAUGGAUUUCCUGGGAAGAAGGUUUUAAAAUCUUCAUGAAGUACUUGAUAGAUGCUGACUUUCCUGUUUGUGCUGGAAAUUGGAUGUGGGUAUCCAGUUCUGCAUUUGAAAACAUUCUUCAGUGUCCAACAUGCAUAUCUCCUAUAUCUUAUGGUCGUUGUGUUGAGCCAUCUGGUAAUUAUAUUAGAAAAUAUGUACCAGAGCUUAGGAAUAUGCCAGCCAAAUACAUUUUUGAACCCUGGUUGGCACCACUUUCAGUUCAGGAACAAGCUGGUUGUAUCAUUGGGACAGAUUAUCCCUAUCCCAUUGUUAAUCAUCAAGAAGCUGCUAAAAUAAAUCGCAAAAGAAUGGAUUCGAUCAAAGCAGGCUUUUAUCAGAAACCAUUUCCUCUCCACUGUGCUCCAAGCAAUGCUAUGGAAACUCGAGUGUUUAUGUGGUUACCAGAAAAAUGCAUUGAGAAUCUAAAGAGCAACUAAGCAGAUUAAUUUGUAUUGUCAUUAUAUAUUUUAUAAUGGCAACAAUUGCAUUUAUAUAUUUGGGGUUUUCUUUAUUGUAAUUUUUGAAUUAUUAAAGUGCUAUGGGCAAUUUGAAAAUUAGAAAGUUAUAUUUCUCAUGUAAAUUUAAUGGAACAAUUUAGCAAGCAGCACAAUUUAUUUUAUGUGUAAGCUGUUGAUGUUUUUUUUUUUUGUAUGUAAUAUGGGCUUUUAUCAGAUAAUUUAAAUGACAGAAUGAAAUUACCCUUUAAAUUUGAAAUUGAUAAACAGAAUAUGAAAUUACUCUACAUUUCUAAAAAAAUUUGCAGCUUUAUUUAUUUAUUUAUUAUUAUUAUUGAUUGAAAAAUUUUCACAGAAUUAUAAAUUUUUUACAGAACUUAAAAUAGGCAAAGAAUGUUUAAUGAGUUUUUAACAACGUAUAGUAUAAUUUAUGAAAGGAGAUGUAUAUCUCUAUGGUUAUGAAAAAGAUUAGUAAAUAUAAUUUUAAAAAUGCUGAAAAUUAUGUCAUACAUUGAAUUAUUAAAUUUUAUGUGUAAACUAAAGAUAUCUAUUUGGGGACAUUCCAGAUGACAUAUGAAGGACAUUUUUUUUUUCUUUCUAUUUCAUAAUUUUAUUUUAUUUUUGUACUAAUGUUUAAACUGUUGAUAAUUUAUUUAAGGACUUUUAUAAUGGUAGAAUUGCAUUAUAAUGACUUUGACAAAACUGUUACAAAAAUUGGUUUAUUUUAAUUGCUUCCUUUGUGUGACAAAUGAUAAAAAGGGGUGGGGGCAUGAUAUGGUGCUAACACUGAUAGGAACGGAAAAGAAAAUCUAAAUUAAGUCAAUAUGCAAUACAUUCCUAUUAACAUGAUAUUGUGGAAAAUGUUUCAUUUUCUUAAUGUGUAUGUUGUAAACUUUUAAUAAUUCUUUUGUAGAAAAUGUUAGUAGAUGCAAGUAGAUAUAUAUGAUAUCUCAGUCUAAUUUUCAUUGGAAUUAUACAUGCAUUGUGUCUAAAAAUAUUAAAAUGUUGUAAUAUUUAAGAAACAUCAUCAUACACAUAAAGCAGAGCUUCACUUUCAGAUUUGCACUUUGUGUAUGCGUACAGAUUAUACCUAUUCUUUAUAAUCAAGGAUAAUAGGACUUUGAAAGGAAAAUAUUUAUUCAAAACUUUGUACUUUUAUAAUUAAAUAGUUAUAACAAUUGAGAGACUUUAUGAAGGUGGAUAGCAGACUAUGAUAGUGUUCCUAGUAUGUAAGAUAGUGAUUACAUAUUUUAUUACAUAUAUUUGAUGAAACAUUUGUUACAUUUAUAUUUCACGAAUGUAACUACGAUAUGUAUUAUUUUAUACUUUCUGAAAUAUGAAUUACUAGAUUUAUCCAUUCUAGAGCAUCAGCGAAAAUAAAUAAAAUUAUAUAUUUAUAAAAUGUUGCUGUAGAUAGAUUUUUUUUUUUUUGGAUACAACUAAAAAAAAAAAAAAAAAUUUUAAAUUUAUGUGUAUAUAGAUAAUUAAUUUUGAAAUGUUUAUCUUUUUUGUAUUAUUUUUGUUAUCACCAAAUAUUAUAUCAAAUAAUAAUUUAUAAGCUCAAAAAAAUAUGAGAACUUUUCAGUGAUUUUUCUUUUUGAUUACAGUUUAAUUUGAAUCAAUAUAAAUUAUUCUACUUGUGCAUAUUGAAGAAUUUAUAAAGUAUGAACGAGAGUAUUUAAAUUAAAUGAAAAAUUAAGGCAUCCUUCGAAGAAUCCUGUUUUUUAUUUGUAAUAAUUUUAUAUAAAUAAAUGCAAAUGCUAUGCUCAUUAUUUAUGUGUUAUAUCUUUAAAUAUGUAUAAUAUUUUAUUCAUUCCUGGAAUGGAAAAAGAUGCACAAGCAAUUUUGUUGGCUGAUGUUUUAAAUUUUGUAGUUUAAUAUUAGUUGUUUUUUAUAAUCUUUAUUUUAUUUUUGGAAUUAGUAUAUAAAAUUUUUAUAUUCUUCUGUUUUAUAUACUCUUAACAUUUUACACAGUGCUUUUGAUUUUUUUAAAAAAAUCUGUCUCAGAAAUAAUGUUAAAUGGAUGAAACAUUAAAAAAAAUAUUUUUAACUAUCAGUCUAAUAUUCAUCAUGAUUAUUCAAUUCUUUCACUUUCAUCCUAAUGUAUGGCUAUCAUUGAAUCAUUGCUAUAUAAGCUCUUAAUGUAUACUUUCUUAUCUGAUAUAUACUUUCUGUGACUAUCAUUGAGUCAUAUAUCUUAAUGUACGAGUUCUUAACUGAGUCAUUGUUAUAUUUUAUUCAAUAGAUAAUAUUAUUUUACCGAAAUUUUGAAUCACUGUGAAUUAGAUUUAAGAUAAACUGCAAUAAGAAUGGUGACAUUUUUAAAAAGAAAAAUAUUUUCAUUUGUUCUUUUCUUCCAGUGGUUUUAAAAAAAAGUCUGAUAAACUGUUUCUUAUAUUUUAACUCACAAAUAAUAAAAGUUAAUGAAAUGAAAAUAUUUUUAUGAACUCAUAU